UCUCUACAUUGAGUAGAUAGUUCAGAAGGCCUGUCUGGACUAUGACAUGUUUUGGGUUCUGUGCCGUGUAACUAUUGUUUGUCUAACCAUUCUCCUUCCUUUUGUUUCAGAACACAUUUACCCAGGUGCAGUUUGGACCAAUGAGGUUAUACGAAGAUCAUCUUGAGGUACUGUUAGUAUUUGCCAAAGAGGACAGCCAGAAUAAUGGGUUCUGCUGGGCGUGUGAGAAGGCCAACUUCAGGUGUAACGUGGCGAGGACGCCAGAGGCAGCGCUGGAGUGUUUCCAGGAAAAGCACCACGACCUCGUCAUCAUCGACCACAGACAUUCCAGAUACUUCGACGCUGAAUCACUAUGCCGGUACGUUAUAUCAGUAGGUUAGGUAUAUGCUGGUACA